CACAUACUGUGGGAGAGGUUAUUAAGUUAGAUCCUAAUGGCUCUCCAAGAAAAGUCUGGGAAAAAAGCCCCAAAGAUUCUGUGCUGAAGAUACUCGGAGAAGCUGAACUCCAACUACAGACAGAACUACUAGAAAACACAGCUUUUAAAACUGAGAUUUAUUCUGGAGGGGAAAGCUACAAACCCUUACUCACUGGAGAAGAAAAUCUACAAUGUAUUUCAAAAGAAAUAAAUCCAUCAACUACUGUUGAGUCUAUGGAAAUAAAAAGUCCAGAGUUUACUGAGGUGUCCCCAACAAAGUCAGCAGGAAAUGUGGAAGAACCUGAUGAUUUGGAAACAGAAGUUCUACAAGCUCCAAGUAGCACAAACACAGAGGGGAGUUUGCCAUGUGUUGUUAAUGAUGUCUGGACUAGUGAGGAAGCAGCUAAGGAAACUGA